CCAAUUUUGGGAGAAAUGAGUGGAAAUUGUUUGAAUUUCGAAGAACCCAUUAAAGAUGCAAUCACUCGUGUACGAUUUGCCCCAGAAUCCAACAAUCUUCUCAUUUCUUCUUGGGAUUCUAGUAUUAGAUUGGUGGAUGUGGAAAGCAGUGAGCUUAGAUUAGAAGUUCAAACAGAAGCUGCAGUUCUUGAUUGCUGUUUUCAGAAUGAGUCUGUUGCUUUUUCUGCUGGUUCUGAUGGAUCCGUUUUCAGGUAUGACUUACACUCUGGAGCCUAUGACAUCGUUGGAAAACAUGAAGAUUCAGCAACUUGCAUCGAGUAUUCUCCUGAAACAGGGAAAGUGAUAACAGCUGGUUGGGAUGGAAAUGUAGUCGCAUGGGACUCACGCUCAGCAAAGGCUUCACAUGCUUUUGUUGGCUCCAAUUCACAUGUGGAGUCUAUAUCACUAUGCGGAUUUGAAUUGUUAGCAGCCAUUGGUUCUUCGGUGCGUAAAUAUGACUUGCGGAAACUGAAUGGAACAAUCCAAGCAGAGGAUUUAUCAAUGAAUAAAUGGAUAAGAUGUCUAAGCUCCAUGGCAUUCCAGAAAGGCUUUGCAGUUGGGUCGCUUGAUGGUCACGUUACACUACAAUCGCAUUCAGUAGAGAAGGGGUAUACGUUUCGGUGUGUUCCAAAAUCAACUAAAGGAAAGUAUCAUCUUGUAGCAGUGAAUGAUAUUGCCUUCAGUCCAUCUCUUCCAGGUGUUUUUGUCACUGGUGAUAAUGAGGGUCAUGUCAUUGCAUGGGAUGGUUCAAACAGGAAGAGAUUGUUAGAGCUUACAAGAUAUCCAAAUAGUGUGGCUUCGUUAUCAUAUAACCAUACAGGGGAGCUUUUGGCAGUUUCUUCAACUUAUACAUACCAAGAAGCUUAUGAAAUGGAAAACCAACCUCAAAUAUUCAUUCAAGAAUUGGGUGAAAGUAAUCUGAAAUCUGCAGCAGUUGGGGGCUCUGCUCGGAGAUAUGGCCAGCUAGGGUCAAUUGACUCAUCUUGGUUGCCAUCCUUUUGUCUUAUAACUGUUGACUGCAUCUUUUGUCUGAUGUUAAUGGUUAAAGAUUUUCAUCUUUUGAAGGGGUUUUGCUGUGAAGGUUGUGCCAGAUUAGGUUUUCUGAAAUUUUCUCUCUCUAACGCCAUAACCAUGUCUGACGAAGAGCACCAGUUCGAGUCCAAGGCCGAUGCCGGUGCCUCCAAGACUUUCCCUCAGCAAGCUGGUACCAUCCGUAAGAAUGGUUACAUCGUCAUCAAGAAUCGUCCUUGCAAGGUGGUUGAAGUAUCCACCUCUAAGACCGGCAAGCACGGCCAUGCCAAAUGUAACUUUGUUGGUAUUGAUAUUUUCAAUGGGAAGAAGCUUGAGGAUAUUGUUCCAUCUUCUCAUAAUUGUGAUGUUCCCCAUGUCACUCGUACUGAUUACCAGCUCCUUGAUAUAACCGAGGAUGGUUUUGUGAGCCUGCUGACUGAUAGUGGAGACACUAAGGAUGACUUGAAGCUGCCAACCGAUGAAGCUCUGCUGAAGCAGAUCAAGGAUGGAUUUGCUGAGGGGAAAGACCUGAUUGUGAGUGUGCAGUGUGCCAUGGGAGAAGAACAGAUCUGUGGUCUCAAGGAUAUUGGACCCAAGUAAAUUGACUUCAGAUUGGUUCAAGUUAUCUAAGGCAUUAGGGUGUGGAAUGAAAUAUAUUAAUAUUGAUAUUGUUAGCUUUACUCAGAUUUCAUGUGUUUGAGAAUAUGCUGGUAAAGACUUCUGUCAUGGAGCCUCAUGUUAGCUCUUCUUUUAACACUCUUUAUGUCGACUUUUUAUCAUCAUCAAAAUGUUUCUGUUUCCUAUUAGAUGUAUUAGUAAUGUGGUACUGGGUUAAUCUUAUAUGAAAGGUUAAUCUAUAUGAAAUCUUUUUUAGUUUGUGAAUCAAGCUUCCUAUGACAAAUGGGUGAGUGGAAAGACUAAGUACCUUUGUCACGAACAGGAUUGUUCUUGUUGGUUUGAAGUGAAUUGAAAUCGGAACGUCCCUUAUUCUUACUGU